GAAGAAGAACCAGCGGCACACGCGCUGCUUCCGGUGUUUGAAAGUCGCGGACAUGGAGCUAGCAGUGGGCAGCGAGCCGAUGACGCUGGGAUCUCCCACAUCCCCCAAACCUGCAUCUGGAGCACAGUUCCUGCCCGGGUUCCUCAUGGGCGAUCUCCCCGCACCCUCCAGCCCACAGCCCCGCCCCUUUGGCUUCGGCACACCCCUCCUGGACCAAUCACAAGUGCUGGCGUCCUCGGUCGCGGUUGGCCCUGGGAGCACGGUCCCUCAGCCCGUUGUCCCCACGCACAAGGACAAGAGCGGGGCCCCUCCUGUUCGGAGCAUCUACGCUGAGCUGGCUGGAGCUGGCACCGGCACCCCCGCGGCCCCUCAUAGACAGAUGCAGUCCCCCAUGUCAGCACGGCUGGCCUCUACUCCUGGAGCAGGAGUGCAACAGCUGUGCAUGUCCCCCGCUCAGGUGGACCCUUUCUACAGCCAGGGGGAGACACUGACCUCUGAGGACCAACUGGACCAGACCUGGGUCACAGUUUUUGGGUUCCCUCCGGCAUCAGCUUCUUACAUCCUGCUGCAGUUCGCUCAGUACGGCAACAUCCUCAGACACUCGAUGGCAACUCCCGGGAAUUGGAUGCACCUGCAGUACCAGUCGAAGUUACAGGCACGGAAAGCUCUGUCCAAAGAUGGGAAGGUGUUCGGAGACGCCAUCAUGGUGGGAGUCAAGCCCUGUAUAGACAAGAGUGUUAUGGACAGCGUGGAUGUCUCCUCCCCCCUCUCCUCCUCCUUCUUCUCCUCUUCUGCACUGCCCUCCACCCCCCGCUCCGCCAUCAGGCCUCUGAGUGCAGCCCGGCGUGCCUCGGCCAGCGACUACCAGGUUGUGGCCGACAGACAGACCCCCAGGAAAGACGACAGCUUUGUGUCUAAGGCCAUGGAAUACUUGUUUGGCUGGUGACCAUGGCGACCGUGUGUGUGUGUCUGUGUGUGUGUGUGUGACAGAGAGAGGGGGUGUGUCUGUGUGUGUGUGUGAGAGAGUGUGUGUGUGUGUGCUAUUCUUUUAUUACUUUUCUAAAUCUUUGUCUCAAUAAAGCUCUAUGAACU